AUGAAAUCAAACAAAGCCUGGUUUCCCAAUAUUAAGAAACAUUAUUUUUUAUUAGUUUUCAUUUUGUUAUGAUUUAUAGUGAUUUAAUUUAUGUUUCUAUUUCAAAAAAGUUGAUAUUUUCCGUUCUUUUUUACAAUCAGUUUAAUAAAUAAGUGUUUUUUGCAAGGUUCCUUCUCAUUUCAAAAUUUUUUUAUUGAUGUGACUCUACAAAAUGAAACUGCUAAAAAUCAACUAACUUGAUAUGAUUCAAGUACUUGAUAAAUUAAUACUGACUUGACUUGAGAUUGAAAAACUACUACUUGACUUGAAAUCAAGUCAAGCUAAAGCCAAGUAGCUUGAAAAUCAAGCCAAGCCGGAAUCUCUACUCAUUGCGAUAUUUAUUUAGAAGUUUGAGAUCUUAAAUAGAAAAUACGAUAAAUGUACUCCAUUUCUGGUAGAUGAAAUUAAUUUUUAUACCUAUCCACUAAUUCGGCAGAAGCUACGGUAUAUCAUCUCAUCCAUAAGAAAACUUUAAUUAAUAUUUUCCUUACGACUGUCCUUACCUAAUUGGAGGAAAUGAAAAGCGUAGAAAAUUUUCGGCAGAGUUUAGUAUAGAACAUCAAGUUUCUUGGAAAAUUGAGUUUUCCAUUCCUCAGUGACGUUUCGUCUUUGUUGUGGAUAAAUGAAGAAAGUUGGUAAUGGGCUUUCAAGCAAAUACACAAAAAACAAUAUUCCGGACAGGGAUUCCGAAAACAUUGAAUUCUUGACUAGCUCCAUCCGAAUUUAUCUACUCUGGGCAGAAGAAUUGUUGUGGAGGAACUGGAAAAUUGUAAAUACAACCGCAGGGAACUACAAUAUUCAUGACAAAAGGUCGCUUCUGCCCUCGGUUGGUUUAUUGUUUCCAAAAAUAAUCCACUGACUUAUUAAUGAUCAAAUUCGAAAGUGAUAUCAAUCAAAUGGAUUUAAAUUACCAGAAGAAAUAAUGUGAUAACGAUAUCUAUCAAGUGGAUUGAAAUACUUCAAAGGAGAAGAAAGUGUUAGGAUAAAAGGAGCUGAAUUAUCCGAUUUCGCAGUGAAAGGAAAAAGUUCCUGAAUGAAUGAGGUGGUAUCCUUUUCGUAACCCAGCAAGUGCAAAACUAGCGGUUUUGUUCAAACACAAAGUUGUCUGGUGGAAAAAUGAAACAAAGGGUUAACUCGACACAAUGAGAAAUCACGGAAUAUACAUUCAGGAACGUCUUUCGCAGGAAAAGUUCGAAGUUAAUUUAAUCAUUUGAAGCUUUGAUUCAAAUAUGUUCUGGACAAGAAACGACAUCCGUUUCGAGUUUGAAAACAUGGUUGAACGAGUCAACUUCUGGGGUAAACACUAAUUGGUUUAUCUCGCAAUCAUUCCAUGAAUUCACUUCUAUAGAAAUAUUGUUAAUUUGAUCAUCAAACUCUUGUCUCGUUGACUGCUUUUCUCUCGAAUCGGAAUUAUAAAUUUUAUUCGUUAUCAUUCUAUACUAAAAGCAGAGUUAUUUCAUCUACGGGACAUAUUUUUUCAAGGAUUUCAAUUAAUUUGCUGACUCAAUAUACAUGAAUAUAUAUUUUAGAGACAGAAGCUUAUCAUUAGAAUUUUUCUCCAUUCUAAACUCACCUCAAAAAAUUUUUAGCUUAUGUUUUCAAAAGUAUCAAUCGAUACCAAUCUGAUUGAAAGAAUUUUCUUUCAUCACAGAAUCUUCGCAAUACCAAAUCCAUCAAUAAUUUCCUUCCAGAUAUAAGUAAGAAGCUAGAAAUCAUUUCGUAUCGAAUAAGACCACGUAUCUCCGAAUUUAAAAAUAAUACCUGUGUUUAGAUGAAUUUUUCAAGAAACACACUGUAUACUAUAUUGUAGAAUUGUCUAAUUCAUAGAAAUAUAGUUUCUAAUUAUUCAAAACUUCAGUGAAGUGUCUGUUUCUAAGGAAAAAAAUAAACGUCAGAACAUUGUCAAAAAAUUUUAUCUACUGUCAAGGAAUUGUGUUAUAAUUUUUUCAUCUUUCAAGCCAACCAGAGUGAAAGUAAAUACAACAAAUACUUCAAAUAAUAUCUACAAUCAUUUUUCUACAGAUUAAUUUUACCAGAGUGAAAAAAAUUUGAAUUAUUCAAUAAUAAUCAGGAGUGAUGGAAGAAGAGGGUCAAUUCGAAUCGUCAGGCAUGGAAAACUCUGCAGAUGAAAUGGAAAUAGGUCUUGGGGAGGGACCUGAUUCUCCUGAGAUGGAGUUGUGUCAACAAUUGGCAGAUUCUUUAUCUAUCAGUACAUUGACCCAUAGUCUCACUCCAAUACCAAGCUUGACUGACAGGACCAUAAGCAUCUCAAGAAAUACCAAUAGUCUCUCUAGAGAUGAAAUCGAAUAUGACACUGAUGAUAUGAAUGCAAAUGUGAAACUAACGAAUUGGACUACAGUAUCUUUUUGCACCUCAACUGAGGACAUGAUUUCAAGUGGAAUUUUCGAUUCUGAUAACGAGGCUUCUGAAAACGAAAGCAUCGAAUCCCUACCGAGAGAAAGUGUUACAAGUGACGUAGAGAGUGCUCGUAAAUGGCAAGAUAUCUCAACUUCUGACCACCAAUGGGAGGAAGACGAUGUAACUCUUGUCGCUUCUAAUAGAAGACUGAAGAAAACUGUUGAAUCAUCAAGUGAAGAUGAACCAAGACCACUGAGAAAAUAUAAACUGUUCAACAUCCGAAGAAGUGACGGAUCUGAGAGCUCCUAUCCACAUUCCAGCAAUCGCACUUGCUCAGAUAUUGAAGAUUAUGAGCCUUCUUCAACACCAACAAGCGACAUUGAAGAUGACCCUACAACUUAUUCGGUUUCCAAGGUGACUACCAGGACUUGGUCUAAUCUAGAUGAUUCCCUAGAAGCCACUUGUUCUUCAAUUUCUUCAGACAUCUCAGUUGCUGAUAACAUUUUCGAUGAAGAAACAGCAGAGUACGACAAAAAUAUCGAACACAACAUGAUUGCCACCAGAUAUGGUUUACCAUAUGACUUGGUGGAGUGCAACUGCCACAAUGAAUCACAGAUGCGAACACGUAGAGUAGUUGGAAUCAAAGUCUGCAAAUCAGGCAGUUGCCACAAGUUCGAAGAAAAGUUUGGUGAACUGGAUGGACGUGCCAUAAGACUAUGGCAUACCUCCAAACGCUUGAAUGGAUACAAGAGAGCCUGCAGAAUUUACAACUCUUUCCUGAACAAACCAGAUGAAAGGAAGGAAGCUGAAUUUCGCAGUGCUGAUUAUAAACUGAAGGUGAACUAUCCCAACUACUGGGUGUACUUGAGCGAGAAAUAUAGGACCUUUUUGAACGAAGAUCAGCGCCAAAAAGAGAAAUCCUGCAAAGAAAAGGUCGUGGAGUUCUGUAAGAGAGUUCUUAAAGAGCAGGAUUUCUUUUCGCAACACUACCAAGUUAAGAUGAGAGAUUUUGGAGAAAAUGUUAAAUUCAGCGUUGAUUGCCGUUAUCUUCACAAAGAUUUCAAAGCAGCUUGCUCCUUCUUGAUGAAAGAAUACCCUAGCCUUUUCGAGCAUUUGAUUGAUAAGUAUGAGUUUCAUGUUUUUGCUGCGAAAAGAGUGGUGAUUGAAGAAAACCGUUUGAGAUUCAUCAGUUACUCGAAGAAAUUACAACAGGACUUGGAGGAACUUGAGCACCUUCACUAUCAUCAAUCUUUGGAGAAGAUCAGAAGCAGACAUCAAGUUUGAAUUUGUUCUUUGUUAAAUUUUUUGUGAAAUUGAGUUUUUCAAUAAAAAAAUUUU